CUUCUUCAGUUCAGCUGAAACCAUCUAAGAACAAUGAAAACACUGAUGAUACUCUUUCUCCUCUGUUACAUUGCAUCUGCAGUAAGACACACAAUGAAGUACUUCAUCACUGGAUCAUCUGGAGUUCCAAAUAUCUCAGAGCUUGUGGGUGCUGGAUUGGUUGAUGACAUUCCGAUGUGUUACUGUGACGGCAGCAACAAAGUAUUAGAACCAAGACAAGACUGGGUGAAAAACAUGUUAAAGAACAACUCUGAGCUGCUGGAGUGGCACACUGAACAGUGCUUUAAGUAUCUGCCAGAUUUCUUCAGAGCCUUGAUUAUCAGACUAAAGCAGCAGUUCAACCAAACUGGAGGUGUCCAUGUUAUACAGAGGAUAGAAAGCUGUGACUGGGAUGAAGACACAGGAGAGGUGACUGGCUUGAUACAGUAUGGUUACAAUGGAGAAGGCUUUCUUGAAUUUGAUCUGAAGACACUGUCAUGGAUCGCACUGAAACCUGAGGCUGACCUCAUCAAACAGAGGUGGGAUGCUGACAAAGAUUCAAACAAAGACAAUGAAAUCUUCCUCACUGAGAAGUGUCCAGAGGGGUUGAAGAUGUAUCUGGACUAUGGGAAAAGCUAUCUACAGAGAAAAGUUCGUCCCUCAGUGUUUCUACUCCAGAAAACUCCCUCCUCUCCAGUCAGCUGCCAUGCGACAGGUUUCUAUGACAGAGCCAUAUUGAGCUGGAGGAAAGAUGGAAAACAGCUUCAAGAAGGCAUGGAUAAUGGAGAGAUCCUUCCUAACAAUGAUGGGACCUUCCAGAUGAGUGUUAAUCUGAAUGUUUCAUCAGUCAGACCUGAAGACUGGAAUAGAUAUGACUGUGUGUUUCAGGUGUCAGAUGUGGAUCAAAAAAUUGUCAACAAACUGGAUAAAACAUUGAUCAGAACCAACUGGGGGAAAAAACACAGUAAAGAGGUCAUCCCCAUAAUUCUUGUUGUUCUUGUUCUUGUUGUCAUCAUUGCUGCUGUUGGAUUUGCUGUUUACAAAAAGAAAAAAGAAACACAAAAUGUGCAUCCUCAUGGCAACAACUCUGAACUUUCUGUGAGCCUGAAUCAAAACAACAUGGACAAGUAUCAAAAGUAGUAUACAGAUAACUAUACCAACUAUACCAACCAACUUAAACCAACCAACUUAAACAACUUAAGAAGAAUGAUUGCUCUUAAAAUCCUUAACUGGUAUUUUUCUUACCAGCAUAUGAUCAUUCAGUUGUUAUGGCAGAAGACAAGCCUGAACCUGCUCUUAUUCAGUAACUGCUAAAAAGUGUCUUAACUGUAGCUUUCAUGUAGGUUUUAAGAACUUAAAUAGGUCAUAUCAUCAUUUCUCAGUACUAAUAAUGUCUUACUAGUUUUCAGUCUGGGCUUUAGAUUUCACAGAGACACAGCGCUGCUAAAGGUUUUCAGCACUAUCGAUUAACAGUAUCCAUGCUCCUGCAUCAUCUAGAAACGUAGAUCUAUACUCCUUAUAAUGUUGAUUGUACCUGUCAGAUAUGCUGCCACUGCUUUCAGAUAGAACAUACUAUAUCUCUUAAAAUUACAGUCUCUCUUCAGUUCAUCAAUUACAGAUACCUUGAUAAUCUUUUUGAUCAACUUAUAAUAGUGUCAAGUGUACUGUCUCAAAAUCCUUUAAAUAUUUAUACUGAUACGUCAGAUGUUUUAAUCAAUGGAAAAAAAAAUUCUUCGUUGAGUCAGAUCAUGUCUCACCUGUCUCAAAU